AUGUCUAAUAGCAAAGCCGAGGGACGUCGCGAGGAUGCACUCACGAAACAACGCACCCAGAUGCGAGAGGAGUUCGAGCGGCAGAAGCAGACACUUAUUAACGAGACGGAGAAGGCCCGUCCGUCCUCCAACCGCUUUGUUGGGCAGAAUGACUCGAUGGAGGAUACGCUAAAGAAAAGCACCGUUGGUCUGGUCAAACUAGAGGAGUUUCAACAAAGGCGGAAGGAACUCGAGGAGGCCAAAGCGCGCGAAGCUGCGAGGACGAACGAGCUCAAGUAUUGUCUGUUUAGAGAGGAGCAGAAGAAGGUGAAGAAGCGGAAGAAGAUGGCGAAAUCCACGCUGUCGUUUGCUUUGGAAGAUGAGGAAGGCGACGGCUCCUCGUCCCAGACUGAAACUGGUGAUAGCGGAAAGCGUUCCAAACGCGCCAAACUGCGCAAAAAUCCCAAUGUCGAUACGUCCUUCCUACCUGACAGAGAUCGUGAGGAGGCAGAACGACGGCAGCGAGAGGAGCUUAGACAAGAAUGGCUCAAGAAACAAGAAGAGCUGAAGCAAGAGGACAUUGAGAUCACUUACUCAUAUUGGGAUGGAAGCGGACACCGAAAGAGUGUGAUGUGCAAGAAGGGUGACUCCAUCUCUACCUUCCUGGAGAAGUGUAGACAGCAAUUCCCCGAACUCAGAGCUGUCAGUGUCGACAAUCUGAUGUAUGUCAAAGAGGAUCUUAUCAUCCCACACCAUCAUACUUUCUAUGACUUUAUCGUCAACAAAGCGCGUGGCAAGUCGGGGCCUUUGUUCAACUUUGACGUACACGAUGAUGUGCGAUUGCUGGCGGAUGCAACCAUCGAGAAGGACGAGUCGCAUGCCGGAAAAGUGGUUGAGAGAAGCUACUAUCAACGCAAUAAGCAUAUCUUCCCGGCUUCGCGAUGGGAAGUUUAUGAUCCGGAGAGGAAGUAUGGAAAGUAUACCAUUGCAUGACACCGGCGUUAUAAGGUUAGAACCCUCGCGCUGAGGAACUUGGGAUGCGUGUGGAUCCAUCAUCUUUUUGGCCAAGUCUGAGAGGAGACAGCACCGUCCGAACAAUUCGGCUUAUGGGAUAUCAGCGUACUGCACCACGCCUGUAUUCUCCUCUCUAAUAAAUGGAUAUGUAUCGAGGUUUUGACAACUGCG